CAUUGUGGGUGGCGGAAAAUACGCUUUUGUGGACGAGUUUGCACGCUAUUCCGCCGACUUGAUAGCAGUGGCUUCUUUGCCAUAAGAUAGCUAACCCAUCCUGUGAAGUCGCCAGGGAAUUGCCUGUGAAAAAUGUCCAUCGGCGUGCCAAUCAAAGUCCUCCACGAGGCAGAGGGACACAUAGUGACCUGUGAAACCAACACAGGCGAAGUGUACAGAGGGAAACUGAUAGAGGCAGAGGACAACAUGAACUGCCAGAUGUCGAACAUCACAGUCACAUACAGAGAUGGACGCGUGGCCCAGCUCGAGCAGGUCUACAUCCGGGGAAGCAAGAUCCGUUUCCUGAUCUUGCCAGACAUGCUGAAGAAUGCACCCAUGCUAAAGAGCAUGAAGAACAAAAACCAGGGAUCUGGAGCAGGAAGGGGCAAAGCAGCCAUUCUCAAAGCGCAAGUGGCUGCAAGAGGGCGUGGACGUGGAGGCAUUGGACGAGGAAAUAUUUUCCAGAAAAGACGAUAGUUUUUACAUUUGAACCCUUUCCAUUGUACAGCUGUCUAAAACCCCCUCUCUUGCAAGGAAGAGGACAUUCGUUUAGAGUAUCAGGUGAAAGUCUUUGAAUUUAGGCUAAGCAGCCAGUCAUGUUUUAUAACAGAUUUGAAUUUG